AUGUGUGAUCAAUACAAAGUAACCACAACAGAAACUAUAUCUCAAAAAUAUGGUCAAAUCGAUGAAGUUCAAUAUGAAUAUGACGAAUAUGAUCAUGGAGAAAGUAAAAAAUAUCAUAUCAAGUGGUCUCGACAAGAAUAUGAACGGAAUGCAUGGAGAUUAUACAAACCAUAUAUGUGUUAUGAUAAGUUCAUCAAGGUAUUACGCACAUUUAUGAUGGGAAAAUAUGCAAUUGAAGAUGUUCCAGAAGCAUUUCGCCUUCUUGAUACUGACUAUUCUAACAAAAUCGAUAUUACUAAAUUACAUGAAUUUAUAUGUGUCAUUUUACCAAAAGCAAAUCCAUAUUUACUUCUUCAUCAAAUACAAAAGGCUGAUAGAGAUGGCGAUUAUAAGCUGAACUUCGAUGAAUUCAAAUCGUUUAUUGCACAAGGCUGUGGUCGAAAUGUAUCAGUUGGAUGUUUAUGA